CGGCUCGCUUGGUAGGAAGGCUGGAGAAGGUAGAACUUUCCGGGGGGGCAGCCGCGACCCUUGCCGAGAAGGGAAGGUUUUAAGCAUUCUUGAGGCAGCAUGAUAGAUCCUGUUGAAAACAAUUUAUUUGAUCUUCCUGAUUAUGAACACACCCAUGAUGAGACCUUUCAGCCUCUCCUACCCCCAGACUCUCCAGGCGGGGUAGCGGAAGGUGCCUUACUCAAUGGAGAUCCAGAGGGAAAUCAGCUGACACAAAACAAGGAUUCUUCUGUGACCGCAAGAAGAGCUGUUAAAAGAACAAUACCUAAAUUAGAUGCUCAGAGAUUGAUUUCAGAGCGAGGACUUCCAGCUUUGUGCAGUUUGUUCGACAACGUAAAUUUCAAAGGGAAAGGUCACGAGGAAGCUGACCUGAAGACGCUUAUAAGGCACAUGGAACACUGGGCCCACCGCCUCUUCCCUCAACUUCCGUUUGAAAACGUUGUGGAAAGGAUAGAGAGCUUGGGAAAUAAAAAACCUGUUCAGGCGUGCUUAAAGAGAAUUCGACUUGAUCUCCCUCUCUUGAAUGAAGACUUCAGAAGUCACGAAGGUGUAGAAGAUGAGAACAAUAGACACAGCCCGGCCACGGAAGAACCAAUUUUCCUUCCCGAAACACAGAAUUCCCCAAAAGAAUCUGGUUCUCCCUCUUCAAGUCCUGCCCUGACCGAGGAGCAGCAGCAGAGAAUCGAAAGGAACAGACGAAGAGCCCUUGAAAGAAGACAGGCAAAAAACCAGCUCAGUCAAUCUCCAAACGAUGAUUUGCCUACCAAUGAAGAAUACGGCACCAUUACAGCUCAGGAGGAGGAGGAGGUCUGCAUAGACAAAGUUGGUGUCCCUUUUCAACCUACGGAGGACCUGCGAAGUAGUACAGAUCAAGUGUCUUUUUAAUUGUGUGGAAUAGGAAUAGCAUAGUUUUGUUUUUACUGCAACUUUAAAUGUGGUGGCUGGUUAAUUUGGCAGCUGCUAUAAUUUCCAGUGUUUUCUGUUAUGCCAAUGUUUUAAAGAAGUGUUUUCAUUUCAGUGAAAGAACAUUUUAAGCUUUAAACAUUUGUACAGCAAAUUUUAAUGAAAACUAUACAUAAAAGUCAAAUGAUGCUAUAUUUCUACAAUUUAAAUCUUUUAUAACUUUCCCAUUGUGAAAUAUUUGUAAUUGCCCAUAUUUUAUACUAGAAAUGAAAAUAAUAAAUCU